GUUCUUCCAACAUGCCGCCAUCUUUAGGCUGAGCGCAGUACUACUGGUGCGCAGUAGAUGACGCUAUUGUACUAGGCGCAGCAGUGCUGGCGCUAAAUAGAUGCCGCUAUGAGCGGAAGGCGCUGGGGGUUUGAGUAGCUGUGCGCAGUACCGAGACUGUCCGUGUGGUGAUACUGUCGCUUACGUAUUGGAUUAGGCGCAACACCUACGGUGUCCGGUAGGAGACGCUGUUCCCCGCAGUUUCCCAACACUGGCGGCGGUGAUGGGGGAUAUUGAGUCCGGGGAAACUGUUGUGGAGAAACUUGAGCCUCCCCCGGUUCCUCCAGCGGAAGAGCCGGUGCUAUGGAGCCCGGAGGUUGAGGUGUGUCUGUUCCACGCGAUGCUCGGGCACAAACCAGUUGGCGUGAACCGGCACUUCCACAUGAUCUGCAUCCGGGACAAGUUCAGCCAGAACAUCGGCCGUCAGGUCUCAUCCAAGGUCAUCUGGGAGCACCUGCGGAGCAUGUAUGAUAUGCAGGCAUUGCAUGAAUCUGAGAUUCUCCCCUUCCCAAACUCAGAGAAGAACUUCAUUCUCCCAGAGGAUCUGAUUCAGGAAGUGAAGGAGGGGAAGGUGACUUCGGAGGAGGAACUGAAGGAGGAAGUGAAGGAGGAAGUAGAAACUCACGGUGGCUCGGAUGAAGCUUUUGUCAACUCUGGGAAUUCUGGGAAAGGGCUGGACAAAGCAUCUGGGAAAGAGAGGACCCUCUCGGAAUCCAGCUCUAAGGAAUCUGGGGACAAGCGGAAGCGGAGUCGGCUCACCGAGAAAGUUCAGAACACAAACAGCAACCCCUCCAGCCCAAACGCCAACAAGCGCAGGCGCACAUAGAAUGGGGGGGGGCUAAUAUAAGGGAUGGUACCAACACACUGGCGCCUCCGUGGGGUCUGAGCUGGCCCCGGCUCUGGGGAAACAGGAAGUAGAUUGUAGAUCUUUGGGAUGUGAAUAUUUUUAGUGUGGGUGAGUGUAUUUGGGGGACUGGAUAAUGAAUCUGCAUCCUACGGGGGGCCUCAUUAAUCUACUGAGUGCAAUGAACUUCCCACCCCUCUAAUCUAUUAGCCACACUCUGAUUGUCCUUUUUAUUCCCUCCACCCAUCAAAAUCAGUUGUGGAGCAUUUCACUUGGUUCUUCCAUAAUGAAUUCAACACAGGCAGCUGCCUGCGACCCCAGAAGGUUCAUCUAUGCGGUGGUGGGGCUCUGGCUGCUACUGUUCUAUUCCCUCUUACGGUGGCUCUGGGACUGUUCUAGGAGCACUCUGUACUGUUCAUUCAGGGAGUUGCCCAAUCAGUUGCUGCAUCUUUCCAAUACAUUUAUAAUCAAGUUGCUGCAGAUGGGCCAUGGAUCCCAUUGAAGGAUGUUGGAAUUUUACCUUACAUGGGGCAGCAGACUGGUCUCUCUGGGUAUUUAAAGCAGUUUUUAUAAUAUUUUAAUGUAUUUUAUACAUAAAGUGCUGGACAAUG